AACCAUAAGCACCUCUGCAUAACCAAAAAAAGCUAUGGCUGAAAGCUUAAGUUCUAUUCUCAUUAUCUAUCUGAUAUGCGUUGCUUUCCUUGGCAUUUCUGCUACAGCAGCUAGAAAUGGACUGAAAAAACCAUUUUCAUAUUUUGCAUUAGACGCCACUACAUCAGGCAAAGAUGAUGCUUCCUCCUUCAGUGGGAGUAACUUCACUUAUGUCUGUGACCCUUCUAGGUACGCUGCCCUUGGAUUGGACAUGGCAAAUUUUGUCUUCUGUGACAAGUCCCUUCCCUAUGAUGUUAGGGCUAGAGACUUGGUAAACCAUAUGACAUUGCAAGAAAAGGUUCAACAGCUUGGACAUGGUGCUUAUGGUGUCCCUAGGUUAGGGUUACCUAAAUAUAAUUGGUGGUCUGAAGCCUUGCAUGGUGUGUCCAGUGUAGGCCCAGGAACUUUCUUUGAUGAAGUUGUUCCUGCUGCAACUAGCUUCCCUACUGUAAUACUCACAACAGCUUCUUUUAAUGAGUCUUUAUGGAAAACUAUUGGCCAGGCUAUUUCAACCGAAGCAAGGGCAAUGUACAAUUUAGGUCGGGCCGGAUUAACUUUCUGGAGUCCGGUUAUUAAUGUAGUAAGGGAUCCUCGAUGGGGAAGAACUAUUGAGACAAACGGAGAAGAUCCUUUCAUUAUAGGUAGAUAUGCUUCUAGUUUUGUAAGAGGCUUACAGGAUGUUGAGGGGACUGAAAAUUACCCAAAUCCAGACUCUAGACCUCUUAAAGUUUCUUCAUGUUGCAAGCACUUUACUGCCUACGAUGUUGACAAUUGGAAUAAUAUUAUACGUGAAACCUUCGAUGCUAGAGUGACUGAACAAGAUAUGGUAGAAACCUUCAAUCGACCUUUCGAGAUGUGUAUUAAAGAAGGUGAUGUCAGCAGCAUUAUGUGCUCUUACAAUCGUGUUAAUGGCAUACCUGCUUGUGCUGAUCCAAAACUCCUAAAUCAAACCAUUAGAGGAGAGUGGAAUCUUCAUGGAUAUAUAGUCUCAGAUUGUGAUUCCAUCCAAGUUAUGGUUGAACGCCAUAAAUUUCUUGGUGACACCAAGGAGGAUGCAGUUGCAAGAACACUUAAAGCAGGAUUGGAUUUGGAUUGUGGAAAAUACUACACCCAAAACACUGAAUCCUCAGUAAAGCAAGGAAAGGUCAGGGAAGAAGACAUAGACAGGUCACUUAAAUAUCUCUAUGUGGUGCUUCUGAGACUAGGGUUCUUUGAUGGAAGCCCUCAAUUUCAAUCUCUUGGCCUGAAAGACGUGUGCUCCGAACAACACAUUGAAUUAGCAGCACAAGCAGCGAGGGAAGGAAUUGUCCUCCUCAAAAAUAAGGAUGAUACUUUGCCCUUGAAGUCUGAUACGAUAAAAACCUUAGCUGUGGUUGGUCCUCAUGCUAAUGCUACCAACGCUAUGAUUGGAAAUUAUGCAGGAAUUCCGUGCCGAUAUAUCUCUCCUAUUGAUGGGUUUUCGACAUAUGCAAAAGUGAGCCAUGCAAUUGGAUGCGAUGUUGCUUGUAAGGAUGACAACUCGGUACUCCCUGCAGUGGAAGUUGCACAAGAAGCUGAUGCUACUAUAAUAGUAGCAGGUAUUGACUUGUCUGUUGAAGCCGAAAGCAACGAUCGGGAGGAUCUCCUCCUCCCUGGUUACCAAACUGAACUUAUCAACAAUGUUGCGAAUGCUGCCAAAGGUCCAGUUAUUCUCGUAAUCAUGUCAGCAGGAGGGAUAGAUAUCACUUUCGCUAAAAACAAUGACAAUAUCAAAGCCAUUUUGUGGGCUGGAUACCCUGGAGAAGAAGGUGGUCGAGCCAUUGCAGAUGUUGUUUUUGGAAAAUACAAUCCUGGAGGAAGACUACCACUUACUUGGCAUGAAGCUGAUUAUGUUAAUCAACUACCAAUGACAUCUCUACAAUUGAGGCCAAAUGAUGAAUUAAGAUAUCCAGGUCGAACUUACAAAUUCUUUAAUGGCUCUACAGUUUACCCAUUUGGGUAUGGACUCAGCUACACUAACUUCACUUAUAAGUUAACAUCUCCAAGAAAAUCAGUCGAUAUAAAACUAAACAAGUUCCAGCAUUGCUAUAAUUUGAAUUACAAAGAAGACACCUCCACGCCUCCAUGUCCAUCGGUCCGAACUAAUCAUUUGUCCUGUAAGGAAAUAUUUCAGUUUGAUGUUGAAGUGAAAAAUGUGGGAUCCAGAGAUGGAAGCGAAGUUAUGAUUGUGUACUCGAAGCCUCCGGAAGGAAUUGUAGGGGCAAAUAUAAAGCAAGUGAUUGGCUUUAAGAGGCUUUUUGUUAACGCUAAAAGUAGUCAGAAGGUUAGCUUUGAGUUUAAUAUUUGUAAAAGUUUGCAGAUCAUAGACUAUAAUGCUUAUAGUGUUCUGCCAUCAGGAGGGCACACUAUCAUGAUUGGGGAUGAUGUAAUUUCUUUUCCAAUUCAAAUUAGUUUUAGUUAGGUAAUUAGUAGAUUUUAGGGAGCAACAUAGCUAUUGUCUCGUAGUUAAUUUGAAGGGAAUAAAGUUUAGUAAUACACUUUUGAUUUAUGAUUUUGUUAGCAAA